AUGAAUACACCGCCGCCGACGAAAAAGUUGAGUCGAGCAACGAGUUUGGAUUGUCCACCGGAAAAGAUUUGUGAGUUUUUCGGUGGGAAAUUCAAAAAUAUCGGGGGUUGUAGUCAAAAAAGUGGUGAAAAUAGCGAAAAAUACUUCUCGAUUUUUUGAAAAAAAAGUUUUGAAGAUUUUUUUGGAUUUCCGAUUCAUACAGAGAAGAUCAGAACUUCGGAAAAUUCAAAAAAAUGUUCAAAAACCGGUUGGGAUUUUUAGUUUUGAACACUAAUUAAUGAUUAGUGUUCUAAUUACUAAUUAGUGUUCAAAACUUCAAAAUUUGAAUUUUUUAUUCACUGAAUUUUCAGAAAAUCAAAAAAGUAGUUUAAAAAAUUGAGAAAAAUUUUUUUUGGUGAGAAAUUUCAUGAUCUUUGAAUCGGAAACCAGGAAAAUAAGGAAAAAGUUGUGAUUUUCAGUUUUGAAAUCUUUCAAAAAAUGAACAAAGACAUUUUUUGGUGACAAAUUUUAGAAUCAAAACUUUUUUUGUAUGAAUAGGAAAUCCAGAAAAUACGAAAAAAUGUUCAAAAACCAGUUAGGAUUCUUAUUUUUUCUGAAAAAUUCAAAAAUUAAUUUUUUGGAGAGAAAUUUUAACAUCUUUGAAUCGGAAAUCCGGAAAAUUCAAAAACCAUUUGGGAUUUUUAGUUUGAUUGUGAAUUUUCAGCAAAUCAAAAAAGUAGUUUGAAAGAUUGAGAAAAAAAUUUUUUGGAUAGAAACUUUGAAUCGGAAAUUCGGAAAAAGUUGUGAUUUUCAGUUUUGAAAUCUUUCAAAAAAUAAUUAUUUCGUUAUGGAAUACAACAAAAACCUUAUGUAAUUUGUUCAAAGUUUCCUCAACGACUUUGAAAAUUUCCAUUUUUCAUCCCUUUUUUCACAGAAGUUAGACAAAUUCCGGAUAAAAUUGUUCAUACUUCCGAUUUUUUCGCUGACAUUUUGAAGAUGAUAAAUUAGUACCAAAAAUGCAAUUUUAGAUACUGUCGAUCUUCAUCAAUCAAAUCCAAACAUUUUGCACGAUGUUCAACUUGAAACAGGUAUUUCAUCCCGAACUUCACUUCUAAAUUCAAAAAUUCAAAAUCUUGCAGAACACACAGCUCCCUCUGUAUUUUUCCCAUCAAUGCGUCUUAUGGUCGCAGCAAUGCUCUCAUGUUGUUUCAUAACUCUCUCAAUUUCCUCUUCAAAUCUAGCGGUGGCUUUAAUUUGCAUGACAAAUUGUCCAACAAAUGCCUAUGGCGGGAAUCUUGAGUGGGAUAAAACUGAGCAGGGUUUAGUGUUAGCUGCACAAAAUGCUGGAAGUCUUAUCACAAUUCUAACUGGGAUGUGGGCUGAUCGAUUAAAUGGAAAAUGGAUGGUAUUUGUUGGAUUGUUCUUAUGUUGUAUUGGUAAUUUGAUGUUACCACUUCUUGCGAAUCAAUCGAUUAUCUUCGCAAUUGUGGCUAGAAUCUGUAUCGGCGCAGCGGAUGCCUGUCUCAUGCCAGCUAUAAAUUCUCUCAUAACUCGCUGGUUCCCACAAGCUGAAAGACCCGCAGCGAUUGGACUGAUUUCCGGUGGUCGACAAAUUGGAACCCUCUUCAUUCUUCCGACCGCCGGUUAUCUUUGCACACGAAAAGAUGUUCUUGAUGGAUGGCCAGCAAUCUAUUAUCUAUCAGCAACUAUUUCUAUAAUGGUCACGAUUUUCUGGAUUCCCUUUGGCGCUGAUAAACCAGCAAAACAAAUUUGUAUUUCGAGUCGAGAAAAGGAAUUUAUAGAAAGUCGAAUUGCUUGUGAAUCAAUUGGAAAACGGACAGAUCGAACCAGAAGAAUUCCGUAAGUUUUCCGAUAAAUCAAUUUUUUUUUCCUCAAAAAAAAAAAUUCAUCAAGAUACGGUGCAAUGUUGCGAUCAAAACCAGUCUGGGCUUCAGUAUUCGCUCUAGUUUGCCACGAAUAUCCACUCGUUAUCAUGCUUCAAUUCUUGCCGAAUUAUAUGAAUGAUGUUCUCGAGUUUGCUCCGACAAAGAAUGGAUUUUUCGCCGCCCUACCAAUUUUAUGCCUAUUUUUGUCGAAAACCUUCUCUUCUUCGCUAUCCUCUUAUUUUACAACCAAAUUGCAUUAUGACAAAACUUUUGUCUGCAAGGUAAGACAAGGCAGGAAAAUGUGUAGCUUAUAUGUCAAGUAGCCGAGCCUACAAAUCCUAGUUAUCAAGCAACCGCGCUUGAAAAAUUCAAUUGUCAAGGACCAGCACCUUAAGAACCUAGUUUUCUAGAAGGAGCCGCAUCUAAACAUCAUCUCUGCAAAGAAGCCGAAUCUUUAUAGCUCAAUACCAAGUAGCCUAGUCUAUAAAAUGCUAGUUGUCAAGUAGCCGCUCCUAACAAACCUAGUUUUCUAGUAGCCGAAUCUAGAAAUCAUCUCUGGCAAGGAGCGGCAUCUUGAGAUGUGCUAUUCCAAAUAGCCGAGCCUAGAAAUCCUGGUUUUCAAGUAACCGCGCCUAUAGAGUUCAAUUGUCAAGGAUCAGCGCCCAGGGAGCUCUAGAGCAAAAAUUUCCCAAUUUUUCAGCUAUUCAACGGUGUUGCCUCGGCUGGUCUAGCUGUUUGUAUAUUCCUCGUACCAUUCUUCAACAAAGAUUCCGCAUCUUUCGCAAUAAUCUGCCUCUGUGGUGCGAUGAUCUUCGCCGGUCUUCACACUCCCGGCGUCAUCACCGCAAUGGUUCAAUUAGCCCCCGCAUUUUCAGGAGUAAUUACCGGGUGGUCGUUUUUCGCCGUCGGCUGGUUCGCGAUCGGAAACAAACUUCUAACAAAACAAAUUGUUCUACAUGGAACAGUGACUGAAUGGGGAAUGGUAUUCCGAGUAUCUGCAUUAGUUGCCGCGUUACCAGUGAUUGUUUUCACAGUCUGGGGUUCAGCAGAAAGACAAUGGUGGGCUGCGCCGUCAUCAAAAACUUCAGUUGCCUCAUUUCACAAAACAAGUAUUCGUGAUCGUAGUCGUGAAAUGUCACGUGCCACGUCAUCAACAUCACUCGGUGGAUUAUCGAUGAAAUCUAGCAAAUCUACUACUAAAUGA